AUGCCCUAUACACAGCAGAUGGACUCUUUGAGACUGUUUCAUAACAGUAUGAUCAGUGGCGGCAUGAGAGGAAGAGGCAAAGGAGUGAAGGGCAGGCCAACCGGGAGCUAUGAGGAGAAGCUGAAUUACCGAAACUACGAUGGCGAGGGAGCAAAUCAGUGGAAGGAUGAAAAGAUUCGCUUGGCUCGCGAAAAGCGAAACCGGUACGGUGAGGUCUCGGUUGCAGCUGCCUUGUCGAGAGCAGAUGGUCCUCUCUACACCGAGCACAAACAGAUAGAUCCACAGCUUGGCAGACCAAAUCAAGAGGACGAGUCUACUGAGGAAGAGCAGGAGCUUUCAGGAGAUCUGCAGCCAGGCUACAUGUGUGCCGAGGAGCAGUCUGAGAGUCGCUGGCGCGAGGAGGAGACUUGGCAAACUUGGGACCAAGAUCAUCACAAUCAAUGGUGGAGCCGGGCCGCAGAUGGUGAUGACGCCCGUGCAGAGGAGGCCUGGAAGGAGAGACAGGAGAGGCAGCUAUGGGAAAGGCCACAAUACACACGCCCCAAGACUGAAGCGAAAGUGGACUUUUCCCAUCUUUUGAAUCGACAUUUGGAUCAGAUGCUGUCUCUUCGGCAACUGCUUCUCGGCAAGCUCGGCCUGAUCGCGAUGCACUGCAAGAGCAGCAGCAAGGUGAAGACGAGGCCACGCUGA